AGGCUGGGUGCCGGAAGCGGCAAUAGUUAGUGUAUGUAUGUGUAUAAUGAUAAUUGUCUACACCUUCACUUUUGUGCUUUAUAUUUCUUAGCCGUACUUUUCGACCUAAGGACUGAAACAAAUUUGUCAUAUCUUUCGUUCAUUUGGACUUAUUCUUCUCUGUAGAACAGUCAUUGCCAGUGUUAACUUUUAAGAAGAAAAUGAGCCUCUGUACGACACUAUCGUUUUGCCUUACCUUGGUAUGUUUGGGACAGUCCCUACAAUUUAGCUGCUCUUCCGAGCCAAAAUGCACAUGUUAUUACGAAAGAGGGAUGCUGAGCGUCAAUUGCAGCUCGCUUAACCUGACUCACCCACCGAAUUUUCAACAAAAUGUUAGAUGCAUCUAUCUAAACAACAACCGUCUUACGGAAAUACCUACCGACAUGCCACAGGAGAUUGUGCGGCUAGAUAUAAGUGAAAAUAACAUCCGAAAUCCCCAAAAGGCUGUUCUGUCAAGAUACAGACAUUUGGAAUGGUUAAAUGUUGAACGUAAUUGUUUAUGGCAAAAAUACAAGGAAUGGCCAUCACGCUUUUUCGAGAACCUGACAAAACUUGAUACUCUUCUCAUGAAGGAUAAUUGUUCAAAAAUAUCUUAUGAUACGAUCAAGGAGAUGAAGUACUCUAAAAAAUGCUUUUAUGGACUUUCUUCAUUACGGCAUAUCGAGCUGAAUGGAUUAGGUGGCCAUAACUUUGAGGAAGCAUUUGAAGCAAGUAAUUCCAUUGAAGUUCUUGUAUUUUCGGUAACUGGUGGUUAUUGUGCUCUGAAUAGUAUCGAGAGCCAUACAAUUAAAGUUUUCCAACGUUUGAAACAUCUAACUUUAUUUAACUGUAAUAUCAAGCACAUACAGAAAGGAGCUUUUGCACACUUAAAUGAUCUCGUAUCUCUGGAUAUUUCAGAAAACCCAGAGCUUACGCUAUCUGUUUUAAGCAAUAUUACUUAUGACCUGCAGUAUUCAAAAAUCCAGACUUUGUUCGCAGAUAGUCUUCAUUGUAAACUCGGACUUUCUCUGCUACUAGGAAUAAGCCAUAUAAAAUAUCUUAGAAAUACGUCUCUGAAAGAGUUGUCACUGGCAAAGAACAGAAUAGGCAUCAUUGAGCAUCGACUUCCGGAAUACCUUCCCAAGUCAUUGAAAUAUAUAAAUAUUGGUGAUAACCCGCUUUUAUUCGGGUCCUAUGUUUACGAAGGUGUCUUUCUUUCAAAUCUAGAAAGGUUAAGCAUUGACCAUACUGAAAGGGCUACACAUUUUAGAACAGAUUGUAAUUAUAACUCUAACAGUUGUGACAAGGUAAGAGAUCUAAAUGUCAAUGAAACAUUAAAUGAAGGCUCAAAACCAUUGUUUUAUCCAUCAUGGUUUCAACAAUUACCCCCAAAGCUAAAGUAUCUUAGCCUGGCUAAUCAGAAAAUAUACCUUCCUUUCUUGAAGAACAUUGGAUUUAGAUCAAAGAACUCGUUAACACAUCUGCAUUUUCAAGGAAAUCUGUUAUAUAAUAUACAGGAAUUUAGUGGUCUCCAACACCUAAAGCACCUUGAUCUGUCAAAUAAUUUUUGCUUCAACAUUAGCAGAGAGUCAUUUCGAGAUAUAACCGGCUUGUUGUUUCUGAAUUUAUCCAAAAAUUUGUUAGGAAAGGAAUUACAGCGUCAACAUAAAGAACAUGUAUUUGACCAACUCCAUAAUUUAAAGAUACUGGAUUUGUCAUAUAACUGGAUAACUCUUUUGCAAAAAGAUUUUUUUGCCUCGGUGUCAAACAUAGAACACCUCAACUUGAGUAAUAAUGAAUUAGAGAGCGUCACCUUUGACUUGUCAGCUGCAUUAAAAUUGCAGAGCAUAGAUUUGUCUUCAAAUAAAAUUGUAAUGUUGGACUCAAAAUCGAUGGACUUUUUAGAUGCUUCUAGGGAGAAACAACUCUCUAUCCAGAUGUCAAACAACCCAUUACAGUGUACGUGCCGAAGCAUUGAGUUCCUAAAAUGGAUGAAGGCAUCGUCAAACAAAAACUUCGUUGACCGAGAAAAAUACACAUGCGUAUUCACAGACGGAAAAAAAAUUGAAAUGCGCAAUUUGGCACAUAUAAUUUUGUCUUUAGAACUUCAAUGUGCGUCAUUUACAACAACAAUAGUGAUAGUAACCAUUAUUUUACUGGUCACAAUUAUUCUUGUAUCCAUUGCGAUAAUGUAUAGGUAUAGAUGGAAAUUGCGAUAUUUGUAUUACGCUGGUAAGAGAAGUUAUAGAGGAUAUUCAAGUAUCUUAGAUACAGGGAGAGGGUAUCAAUUUGAUGCUUUCAUUUCGUACGCUGAAAGUGAAAGAGGAGAGUUUAUACCAAACCUUUUGAAGCUAGAAAAGGAAAACAAUUUCAAAUUCUGUAUACACAGUCGUGACUUCAUAAUUGGUGUUGAUAUAGCAGAAAACAUAACUAAUGCAAUUCACAAUAGCAAGCGUACUGUCUGUUUUCUGAGUAAAGCUUUUUUGGAAUCUGAAUUUUGCAUAUAUGAGGCCCAGAUGGCUCGAAUGGAAAGUAUUUACAGAGGAGGAGAAACAACAUUAUUUGUUGUUCUUGUGGACAAAGAUCUUGGAGCUGUCUUGCCGCAAUUUCUAAAAGACGUAAUGAAAGAACAGACAUAUCUUGAAUAUGAUCAAAAUAUUUCAGAGGAGUUCUGGAAUGCUAUGACUCAGGCACUGAAAGAAAUGUAAUGCAAAGUCAAGUAGGAAUGAUCAGGCUUUAUAAAAUUUGAAUGUGAAAAAUAUGAGACCAGCAGCCAUCUGAUGAAAGAAAAGUAUAUAUGCGUUCAAAUACAUUAAAGUUUCUAGAGCGAGGAAAAUAAAUCAUUUUUCAAGUUUUUUUUUCCUUUUUUCGUCGAUUGUUCUUUCUUUGGAGAAUAUACUAUAUCAAUGUUACUCUGUAAUUCUGAAUAUCAUUGUAAGUCUAUAUCUUCUUUGUGCUACAUGAACAAUAUUAACUGUUUUGAGCUUGGAAAACUUUAAAUUUUUAGUAGAAAUAAAACUUGUUAUAAAGAAAUACGUUCCAGCAA